AACGCCAUCAUGGCGGCCACCUGAAAGCACUCGAGUCUUUUCGUGAAGGCCACAGUUGUCAAAAGAAUUUUUAAUCUUCCGAACAACCGAGGAAAUUUGACCGCAUCAUGAUCCCAGAAGCGACACACUAUCUAAAAGCGACAGUUUCUCUGUUUUCUCCAAAUGUUUUCCUGAAUGCUUCCAAACUGUCCGCACAGGGAGCACCAAGCAGCCUUCAGACUCGGAGAAACCUCAGAGUCAGCCACUGCUUGGCAGCCAAUGUUUCCCAUCCGAAGAAACAAAGGGAGAAGGUGGAAAUCCCGGGACUGAAGAUGGUGACUUACGGGGAUCGAAUGCACUAUAUCCCCGGCCUGGCUAAGCCAGUUUAUUCUCCGUGGAAGAUGAGCUUCAAGGACCCGAGGCUCUACAGGUCUCCACCCGCUCAGGAGAUGGCGCUGUAUAAAGACAAACCGUGCUAUGUAUUCAACCAGAGGACCAGCAUACUGGAAGGUGUGCGCCAGGCUGCGUGGUUGACCAAAACCCACUUGAGCCCUGGUCUGCUGCCUCACCUCGUCUCUCUGGCCGCAAAACCUGAAAACCAGCUGCCCAACCAGGACGAGCGCGUGCAGAACGCCAUCAAACACGCACGGUUCUGGGACACAACGGAGCCACGGCCGAGAAAGGAGAAAUACAGCAAAACUCUGCUGCUCAACCUGCUGCACCUCUGUGCGUCCCUGCAGCCCUCUCACCCAGCCGUUGGAAGGAGGAUCCUUGCAGAGAAUUACUCAUUAGCAGCUACCUGGAAACGAGGUGAGGACCUGUUCCAGAUCAGAGGCCGGAAUGGUUUGCUGCACUGUAGCAUGGAUCCUCUUCCUCGGAUCUGCGGGGAACAGGAAGUGUUAGAGACAUCAGAUCGGGUCCUGGAAAGCUUCUGUCCUGUCUCACCCACCAUCGACCUUCAACAAGUUAGUGUGUACAAAGAGGAGAUGAACUACACAGGUUUUAGAGGAGAAUACCCUUAUCCUCAUGCCCACACACUUUACUUCCUGGAGACAUCUGAUCCUAACUGUCAGCUUCGCCCAGAGCAGUUCAGAGCCAAGAUGAUUAUGUUCACCUUUGGAAAUGCUUUGGCACGCGCACACAAACUGUAUGGGACACAGCCACAGAGCCUGUUGGAGCGCCCCAUAACUGUACAGGCAGUGGGGACCAAUGGCAGAAUUUUCCAGUUUCUGGUAUUCCAGCUCAACACCACGGAUCUCUCUGGAGAUGACGGCAUCAAGAAUCAGGCGUGGUUGGAUGAAGAUGUUGAGCUGUAUGAUUUUGCAAAGGUUCGACCCUUCAUCAAGAGGAAAGAAGUGAAGGUCCCUGCUGGUCUGGCAGGAUACAAACCAGAAACAUUCAGCAAAUUCCUGACACUGUACCUCCACGGAGCGGCUUAGGACUGCUGCUCUCUUCAGUCAUUUGAUUAUGUUUGCAUUUGCAUAUGAACACAUUAUAAGCAGAGAGUCACUGCUUGUCAAGUAAUGGAUGCAGAAUUAAAUGUUAACUUUGAUGAACUGAAUUACUUUCCAUUUUCUGCUUCCAUCAACAUGUAAGAGUUUAAUAAAUAAAAUUGGGUUCAGGAUUGCAUCUGAUGUCACUAAAAUAAAGCAGAACUAAAACCUCA